GAGGAGAGAGACUAAUAGGAGGCACUCCUCCACCUAGAGAGUCCAAAACCCACAACCACUCUUCUUUUCAGUAAUCUUAAGAACGCUUCUUUCCUCUCAUUUCUCUCUCUUCGCCUCUCGCUCUCCUUUCAUCAAACGCCAACAAAAGCACAAGAGUUGUAGAAGAGAAUGAAGGGAACGAUGUUGAGAUCCAUGGAAGCAUCUCUGAGAUGGAGGAGAAGCCUCUCUGCGUCAUCCACCACUCACUUGUUACGCCGUGGUUACACAUCUGAGUCGUCCCCCGAUCGGAAGGUCACAGUCUUGGGCGCUGCCGGCGGGAUAGGUCAGCCACUUGCACUACUCAUGAAGCUCAACCCUCUCGUCUCCAAUCUUGCCCUCUACGAUAUCGCCGGCACUCCUGGUGUCGCCGCCGACGUCGGCCACAUCAACACCAGAUCUCAGGUCGCCGGAUACAUGGGCGAGGACCAGCUAGGGCAGGCAUUGGAGGGAUCUGAUAUUGUAAUCAUUCCAGCCGGUGUGCCAAGGAAGCCCGGUAUGACUCGUGAUGAUCUCUUCAACAUCAAUGCUGGCAUUGUUAAGUCUCUGUGCACUGCGAUUGCCAAGUACUGCCCCAAUGCACUUGUUAAUAUGAUUAGCAAUCCUGUGAAUUCAACUGUCCCAAUUGCUGCUGAGAUCUUCAAGAAAGCAGGGACUUACGAUGAGAAGAAGUUGUUUGGUGUAACCACACUUGAUGUGGUUAGGGCUAAGACUUUCUAUGCUGGGAAGGCAAAUGUCCCAGUCGCGGGGGUUAAUGUACCUGUUGUUGGUGGGCACGCUGGCAUAACCAUUCUCCCACUUUUUUCACAAGCUACACCAAAAGCCAAUCUAUCUGACGAAGAAAUUGAGGCUCUCACCAAGAGAACUCAAGAUGGAGGGACAGAAGUGGUGGAAGCAAAGGCUGGGAAGGGUUCCGCAACUCUCUCAAUGGCCUAUGCUGGAGCCAUUUUUGCAGAUGCUUGCUUGAAGGGUCUGAACGGGGUUCCAGAAGUAGUAGAAUGUUCAUUUGUGCAGUCAAGUGUCACUGAACUACCUUUCUUUGCUUCUAAGGUGAGGCUUGGGAAGAAUGGCGUGGAGGAAGUUCUGGGGUUGGGCCCGCUUUCAGAUUAUGAGAAACAAGGAUUGGAAAACCUCAAGCCAGAGCUGAAAGCAUCUAUCGAGAAAGGAAUCAAGUUUGCCAAUCAGAGUUAAACCUUUUUGUUGGCUGAUGCGGUGGCAUCUGUUCCCUUUAUGAAGAACCCAUCACAAUUUUGCAUUUUAUUUACCAAUGUUGUAUGCUAAGUUCCAGUUAGAAUAGCUGAAAUUAGAGUGAGUACUCUAAUAAUAAAUAUCUGGUGAGGUCUUUUAAGGACCGGUAUAUUUAUAAGCCACCUGUAUUACGAACUAAUUUUGUUAUUGAACUCCCACAAUUGCCCUCCUAUCCAAAUAAAAACUCCCAAAGUUGUCCUUCA